GGGUCCAGGGGGGUGUGAGGAGAGAGAAGGGGGCGGACAUCUCAAAGAAAUAAACUCAAACCAACUCCCAACUGUGCCUUAACCAUCAUCCAGUACUCUCUCAUAUCUUCGUUAUUAGCUUUUCCGCAUUUCAUUUCUCAGACUACAGAUCUCCCUCCCCCCUCGUUUUCCGCCUCCUACCAAUUACAUUUUCCUUCUUUCUCCCAUGGAAUCCGCCGCCGUCCUCCGCUCAUUUCACUGUACUUCGGGCAUAGCAUCAGAAACACGGUCUGCAUUGUGUAGACCAUCCCACCUAAAAUCCAUUUUUGGAAACAAUCUUGUUUCCCUGAGGAGGCAAGGAGGAACACCAGUGUUAUGCGUGAAGGCAUCAGAAACUAAACUCACAGCUAAAUCUGAUGUAUCUUUGAAUGGAGCAGCACCAUCGGAGAAGGAUACCCAAAAAGCAAUUGGGAAGAAAAACUUAGCAGUCUUUCCUAAUGGAUUUCAGUCAUUAAUCCUGGAGGUAUGUGAGGAGACUGAGAUUGCUGAGCUGAAACUGAAGGUUGGGAGUUUUGAAAUGCACAUGAAGCGGAACAUAGAUGCAGGAAAAACUGCUCUUCCUGUUUACUCUCCCACGAUUGCACCACCUAUACCAUCUGAACCGAUGACUGGAUCGACUCCUGUUUCACCUCCAUCUCCAGCAGCUAAAUCCUCGACUGAAAUAGUUAGCCCUUUUGUAAAUGUUUUCGCAGAGAAGUCUGCAAAGUUAUCAAAUCUAGAUGCCACGGGAGCUAGUGGAUAUGUUGUAGUGUCAUCUCCAGUGGUUGGCUCUUUCAGGAGAGGCAGAACAUUUAAAGGGAAAAAACAACCUCCUUCGUGUAAAGAGGGCGAUUUGAUCAAAGAGGGACAAGUGAUAGGCUAUGUGGAUCAGUUUGGAACUGAACUUCCUGUGAAGUCGGGUACAGCUGGUGAAGUCUUGAAGGUUCUCUUUACUGAUGGAGAAGCGGUUGGGUAUGGAGAUUCACUGAUUGCUGUAUUGCCAUCAUUUCAUGGUAUCAAGUGAGUGAGAGAGCUUGUUUUGCUAGUAGGUAUGACGACCAACUGUACUGUACUUGUACUUUGAGAAGUAUCUAUCUUUCAAUUGAAGCACUAGGACAUUUUCACUUUUCAGUUUCCAUUUCUAGGGGUAGUUUUUAUUUUAUUUUAUAUUAUUUCCUAGCCCCCCUGUGUUCUGUUACUCUUGUUUUUUGUCUGAAUUACCCUGACUUUUGCUUACUUCAUAUGGAAUGAUUUUGAAAUAAUCUGUUAGUUGGUUGGUGGUUGUUUA